UGUUGUUAACGUGUGUAACCCGGUGCUGCGCUGCAGCUUUGUCGGUGCUGUUGGGAAUUUAAAAUUAGUCUCGUAUAGUAGAUUAAAAAUGUCUUUUUCAAGAGCCCCCUUGAAAAGGUUCAACGAGAACGUAGGUUGUGCCCCUCCACCGGGGUCCUAUGAAGUCAAAUCUGGAGACCUGAAGGGAGCUGCUUCCUUUGACAAGUCUGAUCGAUUCAAACAAGUUAAGGCAGCUGAUCUGCCACCACCAUCGCCCUCCAGAAGUGUCCUUGCGUCACCUGUCCGUAGGACUAUGUCGGUUGAUGGACUUAUUGAUGGUUCAAGUGUAAAGAAAGAGAAGAAUGGCAUGACCAUGGAGAGGAAGCAGCAGAAACUCUUGGAGAGAGAGAUAAGGUCCCUGGUUCAGCAGCGCGGGGAGCAGGACCGUCGUGUGCUGGCUCUGGAAGAGGAGCUUAAGAAGGUGGAGGCCAAGCUGCUGGCAGCAGUCAGGGAGAAGACAGGCCUUGCUGCCAACGUUACCACUCUUGAAAGACAGCGGGCUGAGCUCAAGAAAGUCAAUGAGUUCCUAAAAAACAAGGUUUCUGCUGACACUACAAAAAAGAAAAUCAACUCUCUCACAAUGGAGCUGAUGGAGGCCAGGAACACUUUGGAUGCUAAAAACAAGGAGUUAAACGUCUUGCAGAUUAACACCGAAGGCCAAGUGAAGGCGCUAGAAACUGACCUGCAAGCUGCCAGGGCUGCUGUCACUGCCCUGAAGGACAGGAAUAAAGACUUGGAGGACCUUUAUCAAGUGACCAAAGCCCAGAAUGAACAGCUGGAGAAUGAGAAUGCCAGAUUGCACGCUGUGAUACGGGAGCUGAGGGAAGAGAUCAGAGUCUUGCAGGGAUAUCUAGACACAGCCAAUGAAGAGAUCCAGGAUCUCCGCUUGAAGCUCAGAGAGAAGACGCAGGAGAACACUGUGGCUGGUUCCCAGUUGGAGAAAGUAAAGCAGCUAGAGAGUGAAUUGGAGCAGCGUACUACUGAACUAGAAACCAUCCAGGAUAUGCUGAGACAGAAAGAGGAGGAGGCACAGAAACUCCAGCAAGAUCUCCAAGUGUCAAAGGAUGCUUUAGAGGAAGCAGAGAAGAGGUUGGAGAACCAAGAGGUGGAGCUGAAGUCUUUGCAAAGGUCAGUGAGUGACAUGGAGAAGCAAAUGGAGGCGGCGGACCAAGAAGUUCAAGACUCUCAAGCAACAGUUCGACAGCAGGAGGCAGAGCUUGCCAGACUGCGAGAGGUUCUCAGAAGGACGGAGAAGGAGCUGGACGAGAGAGUGGCGCAUCUCGAACAGAGGUGCCUGUUCUCUGAGGAGGAGAGAAGCAAGACUCAGGAGGAGGGGAUGAGGAGAGUGGAGGAGUUGAAAGCAGAGCUCACCGUGCUAAAGGAGGCUAAAAGAGACGAGAAAAAGAGACAGAUUCAGCUCCAGGAAGAACACGCUGCUCUCACUGAGGAACUGUCAAGAGAAAAGGCACUUGUGGACUCCCUGUCUGUGCUGGUGGAGCAGCAGAGGGAGGAGUCUGAGGAGCAAUUCAGACAGCUUAAAGAGGAGAUGGAGGAAGUGCUGGGAGACCUUGCUGCCUUGGAGGACCAGGAGCAGAAGAAGCAGGAGAUGGCAGAGAGGAGUCAAGAGGCCCUCCAGAGGCUGCAGGAGGAAAACAGCGAACUGGACAGACAGCUGGGUGAUACCAGGGCGCUGCUGGAGAGUAAGAGCAAAGAUGUGGAAGCUUUAAAAGAGGAGCACUUAGCCGCCAUGAGAGAACUCCAGGAGGCACACACAAACUCACUGAGCAAGAUGGGAGACAUUGUCACGGAGCUGGAGAGCGCCAAACAGGCUCUGCGGGGAGCAGAGGGAAGACAGAAAGAACUGGAGGCUGAGGUGGAGGGAGUGACGCAGCAGAUGAAGGAAGAGAUAGAUAAAGCCGUUCAACAGAAAGAGGAGGAGGUCAACAGAGUGAUGGAGGGGUUAGAGGAGCACCAGGAGAGGCAGUUAGCUGAAGCAAAAGCCAGGGAGGAGAAUUCAAGAAAGUUGCUGGAGGUGCAGACUCGUCUUGCACAAAAAGAUGAGGAGAUAAAGGCCAUGGAGGCGAGACACGCUGCCCUGAUCAAUCAGCUACAGCAGGAGCUACAGAUGCAGACAAAGCAGAGAGAAGAGGCACUUGGGCAACUAGAGGAACAGAGAGGUCAGGGUGCAACUCAGCUCCAAAAUGAGAAGGAAAAAGCCCAGAAAAUGCUUGAGGAGGUCCGCCAGGAAAAAGGGGAAAUAAUGGAACAGCUCCAACGAGAAAGACAAGAGAAAGUUAAAAUUCAGACAGCUCUUCAGGAGGAAAGGGGAGCGUUGGAGGCUGAAAGAGAAGACCACCAGCAGGUCAGGUCAGAGGUGCUCAGACUACAGACUGAGCUGGAGAGGAUAGAUGAGGAGAGGAACAGUCUUCUGUCUCAAGUAAAGCUCAAAGACCAGACCAGGCUUGUUCUUGAAAAUCAACUUAACAUGGCAGAGCAGGACAGAAAUCAGCUUCAGUCUCGCCUGGAUGAGGUCGAACAAGGGGGUUUGAGCUUUCAGACCCAAUUAGACCUUAUGGAGGAGAAAGCACAGGCUCUGCAGCAUGAGUUGGAAGAACAACGACAAGACAGACGGGCUUUGCAGGAGCAGGUGGAAGUACUGACUCAGGAAAAGGUUACACUACAGUGGGAGAUGGAGGAGCAGCGACAGGAGCUCCAAAGACAAAUUACUGAGGCGCAGGAGAAAAGCUCCCCAAGUUCAGAGAUGGAGCACUGGAAGAAACAAUAUGAGGAGCUGUUUGCAAAAGUCAGGCCCUUCCAGGAACAGCUCAAUGCGUUUGCAGCCGAGCGAAAUGCACUACUCAAUGAGAACGGAGUAAAUCAGGAGGAGCUGAACAAAUUGGCUGAUGCUUACGCUCGUCUGCUGGGCCACCAGAACCAGAAGCAGAAGAUCAAACAUGUGAUGAAGCUGAAAGAUGAGAAUGUCACCCUAAAACAGGAAGUGUCGAAGCUUCGGUCCCAGGUGGCCCGGCAGAAGAGUGAUCUGGAGCAGCUGAAGUCAAAGCUCCCUGGUGCUACUCGCCGCAGGUUUGAUCCCAGCAAAGCUUUCCAACACGACAAGGAGAACAGGAGAAGUGAAGCUCUUCAAGAAGGAAAUCAUUGUGUAUAAUGGAGCUCCCCUGCCAGAUGAGACCUGACAACUGAUUUCUGUGGUUGUAUAUUUUUUAAUAUGUAUUAACCUUUUACUUGGAUGCUUUUUCAUCGGGAUUUGUACAAAUAAUUCAUUGUUAAUGUUUUAGAAAUGAAAUACUUCUAAAAGUGUUAACCAGCUUAUUACAUGCUGCCAUUUUACAGCCUUUUUGUUAAUUCAUGACAGAGUGAGGAUGUAUGUAUCUGUUUUGAUCUUAAAAGUAAUGUUGGUAGCAGAUGUGUGUGUGUGUGUGUGCAGGAGCAAUGUGUUAAAAUAAUGAGGAAAUAGAUAGCUGCAGCUCUGCACACCAUUUGGACAAUUAAAAUGUGGGAUGUGGAUUUCAUCUUUUUAACUUCCUUAGCAGUUCUUAGGGUAGCAGAACCAGUAAGCAUUUCAUGUGGGAUACCUGUUUAUAAGUCUCUCUUAUUUGUAAAUAAAGACAGAUUUUAAUUCUCUUUUUAAA